CAGAGCCCCAGGCGCAAUCAGUCUUGCCAGUCGCAUUGCAUUCCUGAUCGAUCGCAGGAUGCUGUCGACUGUUCUCGCUGCGCUGGCGCUAGCGCCGCAGGCGCAUGCAUUGCUCGCGCCACGCGCGCCGGUCGCGCUGCGAGGCGUAUCCCUUUGCAGCUCUCCGCCAGAGUUGUCGUAUGCGGCGGACAAGGCCAAGGACGCGCCCGAUGAGGAGAUCACCGACGCGUCGUUCGUCGGUCAAUAGCUGUGUACAAAUCAACCAUGAAACGGCGUUUGCCUUUACGCGUCGUCGACGGAUCCAUUUUCUCGCAGGCCAGUACGAGCUAGAGGAGCGCGAGGACGCCGACUCGGCGAAGACGCUCAUGGAGCUGACGGCCGACGGCAAAGCUUUACUAGGGUCGACGGACGGCAUCCCCUUCGCGGACUCCAAGGGCCGCUGGGAGUACGACGGCAAGGAGCUCAUUCUGGAGCUGACGCGGACCUUCGAGGACGUCAAAUCGACCUUUUCCACGACGCGCGUCUUCAUCGGCGACGUCAUCGCGCUGAACGACGUGCCGCCCCAGGUCCAGGGCGCCAUCAAGAUGACGCCGUCUCCCACAUCAGACGACAUGCUGCGCAUCCCGCGCCACACGCUGCCCACGGACGCCGUGGGCUACUUCGUCGCCGUGAAGAUCCCCGAGAUCCCGGGCGCGCUCUAGGGAGGUCUUUAUGCGCCUAACGCUAUGUAUUAUCAA